AUGACCAGUCUCAACCCCAAGGACAAAGCCGCAGUGAAGACCUUUUGGGCUUUGGCCCAAGGCCACAGUGAGGACAUUGGCAGGGAUGCUCUGAGCAGGCUGAUUGCUGUGUACCCACAAACCAAGACCUACUUUGCUCACUGGAAGGAUGUCAGCCCAAACUCUGCUAACGUCGCCAAACACGGUGUCACCAUCAUGACCGCUGUUUCAGACGCUGUCACCAAAAUCGAUGACUUAAAGGCUGGACUCCUGCAGCUUAGUGAGCUGCAUGCCUUCACUCUGCGUGUGGACCCAGCUAACUUCAAGCUCCUGGCCCACUGCAUCAAUGUGGUUCUUGCCAUCAAGUUCCCUGAGGAUUUCACUGCUGAGAUUCACAUGGCUUUUGACAAGUUCCUGGCUGCACUGGCUCUGGCUCUGUCUGAGAACUUUUGCUACACCCUCUCCCACAGCCUCUGCCAGUCUGCCACAGUCUCUCCCACAGCCUCUGCCAGUCUGCCACAGUCUCUCCCACAGCCUCUGCCAGUCUGCCAGUCUCUCCCACAGCCUCUGCCAGUCUGCCACAGUCUCUCCCACAGCCUCUGCCAGUCUGCCACAGUCUCUCUCACAGCCUCUGCCGAAGUCUCUGCCACAGUCUAUGCCACAGCCUCUCCCACAGCCCCUGCCACAGUACCUCUGCCACAUUAA